CGAAAUUGAGUGAAAACGAAGUUUUGUCUACGGCGACAUCGGAGAUAUUUUUUCGAUUUCGGUCUAUGUUGUCAAAAAUGAACCGUAGGUGGUUUUGGAGUUAAUUGCAUUACAAAGAACUUGUACUUGCUCCACAUUGACACGCGCUUGUCGUAAUACACUUUCAAAUUACGCUUUGUAUACAUAAUAGCACUACAUUAAGGUUGUUUUUUAUUAAUUACGGUGAACGUUUCGUAGCUUGGGUUAAGUAUAAAAGCUGAGAUUUCAAUCCCCAAAGUCAGUAUCGUUUCGUAGUGUGCAGUUUAACAGUUCAUCAUGUACUCACAGAUCGUAGCCUUUUCCGCCCUUGUGGCGUACGCUAGCGCCGGACUCAUCGGGGGUCACGGAUACGCCGCCGCACCCAUUGCGUACUCACACGCAGCCCCUAUUGCAGUCGCCGCACACGCAGCCCCAAUUGCAGUUGCCGCACAUGCAGCCCCCGCCGUUGACUACUACGCACAUCCCAAAUAUGAAUUCAACUACGGAGUAGCUGAUGCCCAUACCGGGGACCAAAAAAGCCAACACGAAGUACGUGAUGGAGAUGUUGUUAAGGGAUCUUACUCACUCCACGAAUCCGACGGUACCAUCCGUACUGUCCACUACACCGCCGAUGACCAUAACGGUUUCAACGCCGUAGUAUCCAGAUCUGGACACGCCGUCCACCCACAAACCGUCGCAGUCGCCCCCGCCAAAGCGAUCAUUGCUGCAGCUCCAGCAAUCGCAUAUGGACAUGCCGGUUUAGGAUACGCUGGACACGGCGCAUACGGUCAUUAUUAAGUAAUUCGUAACGAUCUCCAUUACUCGACUGCUCAUAUUGUUAUGUAUAUACCUCAUCACUUCACUCUCUCUACCUUCUAAUGUCUUCUUUAUUAUUUUUUUGCAUCUAUAUACCUGAAAUAUCAGUGCAAUUGUAUAAUAUUUAUUUUUAUAAAAUAAAUGUGUAUAUUUUAUCUAUA